AAAUUUUAAUCCAAUUCGGAACAUCUUUCGAGCGGCCGGUCAGGCAGCCAGCGGGAAAAGGGGAACGACGGCACGGAGCAAAACAGCUGGGCCACCGGGACCGGGCGGAACUGCCCGAAGAGCAAGAGCGGCGAAAAGAAGGAUGUUGCUGCGUGCCGUGGGCGCAGCGCUGCGAGGAAUCGCAGCGAGAACGACGAGUACAAGUGCAGCAAGUUUCGUUGCUUCGAGAUGCGACUCCGCUUUGAAUUUCGUACAACAUAGAGGAUUUGGGGCACUGUCAAUCGCUAUCCAGAAAUGGGCAGCUACUGGACCUACGCAGCACAAGACAUUAUUAAAUCAUGCGGCGACGGAAAAUCGUCUAGCAUUGCCAGCAGAACCUAUUAACGUGCCAGUGCGAACAUUAAUCAAGUUUACCAUGUCAAAAGGAAAGCGGCGGACCGUGAAGACAGUCGUAAAACGUUUCUACCGACUGCACUGGGGUAUCUGGAUCAGAACAUAUGCAGGUCGACAUAACAAGCUGUGGACGAAAUCAAAUUCCAGGAGGAAGAGACUGCGGGAACACGUAUUCUGCAAUUCCCAGCAGUCGACGUUGCUCGACAAGAUGACGUCCAAGUACUGGAAGAGACGACACUACUACGUCGACGAUCCAUACGAGCCGUAUCACAAUCGUGAAGAAUUUUGGAUCACCAGGAGACAACCAUUACCAUAAUCAUUACCUAAUUGUUAAUUGCUAGAUGAUUGAAGAGGUAUUAAAGAUGAUUCUAUUCAAAA